UCUCAGAUUCCAAAAAUAUAGGAUUUAGUUCCCUCCUUGAUCUACCUUGUUUUUUGGGCCGAGAAUUACGCUUUUCUGUUCGUGCGUUGAACUGCUUUCGUGUUUUUGCGUCUUCCUCCUCUCUGUUCUUCCUAGCAGCAGAGAUGAGCACACGAUCCCUGUGGCGCGCCCGAGCCAGGCUGGCCGCGGCCACCACAGCGAUUUGUGCCGGAGCUGGAGCAGCCGCCGUUGCUUCCUCCGAGGAUCCAGCUACCACUCUGAAGCUCUGCACUGCCGUUCCCGUCCGCCUUUAUCGGGACGCCUUGACCGCCGCUUCUAUUGUUUUUGAUUAUCAAUACUCUUUAUGGGGUUUGCCGGAAGGAAGUGGCGAGAGGUUAAAAGUCAAACAUGAAGUUCACCUGAGGUCAGCACGGAAACUUCAAGAACUUUGUUUCAAAAAUGGAGGAAUAUAUAUAAAGCUUGGUCAACAUCUAGGACAGCUGGAAUACUUGGUACCUCAAGAGUAUGUCCAGGUAAUGAGGGAGAGCAUGCUGAAUAAGUGUCCUGUUUCAUCAUAUGAUCAAGUGUGUGAAGUAUUCAAGAAAGAGCUUGGGGAGACACCGGAUAAAGUUUUUAAAGAAUUUGACCCUGCUCCUAUAGCAAGUGCUUCCCUUGCACAAGUCCAUGUUGCUCAUACAAAUGACGGCCAAAAAGUUGCUGUGAAGGUUCAACAUGCUCACAUGACAGAUACAGCAGCUGCAGAUCAAGCCACUGUGGAAUUCAUCGUAAAUACUCUACAUUGGUUUUUCCCUUCAUUUGAUUAUAGAUGGUUGAUUGAUGAAAUUCGUGAAAGCUUACCUAAGGAACUAGAUUUUUUUGUUGAGGCCAAAAACAGUCAGAAAUGUAUGGAUAAUUUUCGGAAGCUGUCUCCUCAUCUUGCAGACUAUGUUUAUGCACCAUCUGUAUACUGGAAUUUAAGUACCUCCAAGUUGUUAACCAUGGAGUUCAUAGAUGGUGCUCAAGUGAAUGAUGUGAAGACAAUUCAAAGACUUGGAAUCCGACCUAAUGAAGUCGCAAAGCUAGUUAGUCAAGCCUUUGCUGAAAUGAUGUUUAAACAUGGAUUUGUGCAUUGUGACCCACAUGCUGCCAACUUGCUUGUUCGCCCAUUGCCUUCUAGUAAAAGGAGCAUACUAGGCAUGAGAAAGCCUCAGUUGAUACUUCUAGAUCAUGGUCUAUACAAGGAACUAGAUUUCACCACAAGAUUUAACUAUGCUGCACUAUGGAAGGGUUUGAUAUUUGCUGAUGCUAAUGCGAUAAAGGAAAAUAGUGUGAAAUUGGGUGCUGGGGAGGAUCUAUAUGCGCUAUUUGCUGGGAUUCUUACCAUGAGGCCCUGGAAUAGGGUUGUUGACCCUGCUGUUGAUCAUUUAGUCAUACAAGGCACUGAUAGUGAUUGUUCUGAAUUACAGAUGUAUGCAUCUCAGUAUUUCCCUCAAAUUACAGAGCUUCUUAGAAGAUUGCCCCGUGUAAUUCUGUUAAUGUUGAAGACAAAUGACUGUCUGCGGUCCGUUAACAAUGCACUGUUGCAGGGUUCUUCUCUCGAAACAUUCUUGAUCAUUGGAAAAGUUUCGUCCGAGGCAGUUGUGGAGGCAAAAAUGUUACAGAAUAAAUCUUUAUUAUGUUGGCUAAACAUCUGGGCAGGAGAGAUGGUAUUGGAAGCUAGACUUUUUAUAAUGCGGAUGCUUUUAUGGCUCUUACAACUUAGGAAAGCUUUGAGAUGGCGAAAAUGAGAAACAAAGACAAAAACUUUUCAUAUAUACAGAGAGUUCCUUUUUCGUUAUUGCUCCUCAUUUUUUUCGAACCCCACAUGAGACUCUCAUAAUCUUUGUCUCCGUGGUUCAGAACUUUCUUCUGCUUGCAGGAUGGUUGAGGAAACGGACCAUCAGCGCAAGGUAUUUCUUCAAUAGACAAAUAUGAAAUUGUAUUUUCCACUCUUGUUUGCAUACAAAGGUUCUUACAUUUUUUCUAUAGAGUUUUACUCAAAAGGUGUAAAAUUCUUUGCGUGGGGUAAAAUAAUGAAUUGUGUAAAACAUUAAUUUGGUAAUAAAUGAAAACCUUUAGAGACGACUC